CUUAUUGUUAUUAUUUAUCUUUUUCGUGAUUAGUUAUCAGUAUUUCUGUCCAAAUAAUAAAUGUUUGAUAAAUGAACGAGUCGUUAGUAUAAAAUUAGCUUUGAAAGACAAUAAACGAGAAAAAUAUUCAAAUGGCUACUAUUCCAAUUCACAAUCCACAACUUCCAUUUCUCGGAAGCAUUCCGGGAGGCAUGAGACCUGGAUUGAUGCUUCGAUUUCGAGGAGUUGUCCAUCAAGAAGGCAGAUUACAAAUUAACAUUCAAUGCGGAGCAGCAACUGAACCAAGAGAUGAUGUUGCACUUCAUUUGUCGAUUCGUCCUCGGGAAAAUUGCAUUGUAAGAAAUAACUAUACGAAUCGUGUUUGGGGAACGGAAGAACGUUACGGACAUUCUCCAAUUUAUUUCGGGCAACCUUUCGACUUGCUCGUUUUAGCUGAACAUUCGCAGUAUAAAAUUGCCGUUAAUGGAGCACAUUUUGCAACUUUUACGCAUCGUCUUCCGUUGACACGAGCAACUUUCGUAUCUCUCGCGGGCGAAGGAACAAUUCACAUGAUUGGCGUCGAGAAUGAUACAACAGGAGCAUCAAAUCCGGGACCUACUGCUCCUCCAAUGGGAAAUUUGCCUGUUUAUCCGCCUCCCGGAGCACAAGUUUGUCCAAUGCCAUAUCCGCCUUAUCCUUCUGUCAUUGGAGGAUCAACAUCACAAGAUCACGAAGGAAUUGGAGGUUUUCAAGAAUGCCCUCAAGUUGAAAUUAGUCGACCUUAUUGUAAAUACGCUGCAAGACCUCCAGGUCCUACGCUUAUUCCGUUACACGUUGAAAAAGCUGUUCGUUUAGCUAAAUACGGGCGCCCCGGCGCUUGUUAUCUCGACUUUCCGGGCACACUUUUAGCCGGAAAGGCAUUAGAAACGUCAAUUCCCAAACAAUAUACUCAUCCAAAAGCGCCCGUUAUUUUUCCUGAUCCAAAACACGUUGAAGAUACGGUAAAUUUGUUGUUGAAGGCGAAAAAUCCGCUUGUUAUUGUGGGAAAAGGAGCUGCUUAUGCACACGCUGAAACAACAAUUCGUCAAUUAAUUCAUCAGACAAAUCUUCCUUUUCUCGCAACUCCAAUGGGAAAAGGCGUUGUCCCCGACGAAGAUCCUCAAUGUGUUGCUUCUGCACGUACCUUGGCGUUACAAAAAGCUGAUGUCAUUUUGUUGCUCGGAGCUCGUUUGAAUUGGAUUCUUCAUUUUGGGCGCCCUCCGCGUUUUAAUCCCGACGUGAAAGUCAUUCAAGCUGACAUUCAUCCCGAAGAACUUCACAAUAGCAUUUUGUGUGCUGUUGGCGUACAAACUGACUUAAAUCCAUUCGUGCAACAAUUGAUCGAAAAAUUGUCAAAACACAGAUAUCGCUUCCAAAGCAACGAGCCAUGGUAUAAAGAACUUCUCGAAAAAUGCGAUAAAAAUAAAAAAGCUGUUGCUGCAAUGAGCAAAGACAUUCGGACUCCGUUGAAUUAUUACGCUGUCUUUCAUCAUUUGCAAAAUGUGAUUCCAAAAGAUGCAAUUAUUGUUUCAGAAGGCGCAAAUACGAUGGAUAUUGGAAGAACAAUGUUACACAAUAAACUUCCUCGACAUCGUUUGGAUGCAGGAACAUUUGGAACAAUGGGCGUAGGACCUGGAUUUGCCAUUGCUUCAGCUCUCUUCUGUCGAGACUACAUGCCCGGCAAAAAGGUAAUUUGUGUCGAAGGUGAUUCAGCUUUUGGAUUUUCUGGCAUGGAAAUUGAAACAAUGGUUCGUUAUCAACUACCAAUCGUCAUUGUUGUUGUAAAUAAUGGAGGAAUUUACGGCGGAUUUGAUCAAGAAACGUACAAAGAUAUCCGUUCAAUGGGCGAUUUGACGCAAGUUACUCCUCCAAGUGCCUUAACCGUUGAAACGCAUUACGAAAACAUGAUGAAAAUGUUUGGGCUUGAAGGGUUUUUCGUACGAGAGAUUCCCGAAUUGGAAAAAUCUGUCAAAGAAGCGUUAACAUACACAGACAAACCAACAAUCAUCAAUGUGAUUAUCAAUCCAUCUGCUGACAGGAAACCACAAGCUUUUAGUUGGUUAACAGAGUCAAAAUUAUAAAUACAUCAUGCGAUAAGAGGCGUUUUUAGUAACGGAAACAUUCCAGGUUGUGGGAAAAGAUGCAAUAAAAAACAUAUUUUUUUACUCGGGUGCUCGAAACCAUU